GAGAGUAACCGACCACAACACGAGAACGAAUCCUCGUGCUCGGAUUGUUUUCUUGCUAAUAUAGUUAUUAGUGUUGAGAGUUAGGGGUCAUGGCGGCCCAGAUGAGUCAGGAGAGGUGGAAUGAGCUGGUGGCGAGGUUUCUGGGGGUGGAGACAACUCCAACUGGCGGGGCAGAGAAUGAGGCGGCGUUGGCCGGCACUCUCUGCGACCUGUGCCACUGCUACUCCAGGCUCAGGAUAGUCUACGACCACAGGCAAAUUCAGUCCUUAGUGGAUCACUGUGUGUCAGGAAUUGUGAGUCCCAAAAGUGCCUUGGUCAAACAGGUAUCGCAGUUCCUUGCCUCGCUCCUCAGGCAACAAGGCAGCACAAGCCUCUCCUCAGUGACAUUGGAUAAGGUCAUUGUUUGGCUCAGUUCUGCACUCCAUUCCCACGGGAGGAACGAGACUGGAAAUGAAACUGUUCGUCAGAUGUUGCGUGCUCUAGCUGCUGCCCUAAGAGAUUCUCUUGACCAUUCUGAUGAGAUCUACUUGGGUUUAGCUGGUAGCAAGGGUUCACUUAUAUUGACACUGGAGUCAGACACAUCUUGGCGAAAUCAAGCACUUGCAAUGCGAUGUUUACAUCUUCUGACUUACGUCACCCCGGAAGUUGUUGCAGAAGCUCGGCAGCAUGGCGAGGAAAUCUUCCCAGCGGAAGUCGUGUCUAGUAUUCAGAGAAUUGUCAUUGGCAUCUUAAGACAAUCCUUACCCAGUCCAGACCUCUGUUCACAUAAAUUAUAUUUACAUCUAGUUGCAUCAGCUUUAAGUGUUUUGUACAAUCUUAUUGUGUGUGCCCCAAAUGAUGUAUUGGGAAGCAUAAUUGUUAGUGCAUGCCGUCCAUAUGUGUUUUAUGGGCUGCCGGGUUUUGCUCAUAGCCAACUUGUACAACACACGGCUAGCCUUCAAGUGGAUAUUCCUCUCUCAUCUGGCAUUGAAAGUGAUUCUUCCUCAAGAAAUUAUACUAAUCGAAAUCGCCGUAAGAGACUGCGUCGAAAAAGAGCCCAGCCAUCACGAUCGACUUCAGACUGUGACGGUGGGCCAUGCCCUCUUGUAGCAGCUGUAGAUGGUAUGGGCCUAGGGCUGCGAGGCCCCCCACCAGCAACAGCCCUAGCUGGUGUCUCUCUUAAACCUCAGUGGGCCCGAGGCAAGCAAAUACACAUAACUGAUGAGGAUAAGCCUCCGGGUAUAUCUUCUCCAGUGACAGAGACCUGUCCAGAAAUAUCUUCUCAAGAUGAGAGCACUGCAGGAGUCCAUGCAAGUGGAUCCGAGACGGAUUUCUCUGACUUUGAGGGAGGCAGCGAAAAGGAAACGACGUUAAUGGCUCAAGUUCGCCAGUGCUCACUUCAAGCUAUUAAUGCAGUCAUUGAUAAAGUUGGAAAACAGCACAAGUUCAGCUACUGGCCUCCUUUAAUGUGUCAAAGCCCAUCUCUAAUGACAAGUGUGUUGAAGGACCCUUCUCCCUCAGUAAGAAUGGCAUCACUGCAAGUUAUAAACACUUUCCUCCUGGAUUCUUCACAAGUCCUCACACUUGCUGUUGAGAAUGAAGGAAAGACCUCAUACACGACACUUGGCCACCAGCUUGGCACCAGCAUACGAGAGCUUCAUCGUUGUCUGGCAUUGGCCCUUCUCUCGGAAAAGUUUCCUGGUGCUCUUGUCAGAACUCUUAAAACAAUUGAGUUACUUGUUGAAAAUGUUAACUAUUCAAAACUUAAACCUGGUCUUCUCACCAAGAUUGUCACUCACGUCAAGUACUUUAUGAGAUAUAAAGAGGCUGUGGUUCGUGCAAAUGCCUUCUCCGUAAUGGUGAGUGUACUGAUGAUCAAACCACAAGUAGCAGAACUGAGAGACUUGCUCCUGAGGUACCAGAUCCCAACCCCUCCAACUCUCACAUUGCCACCAGAGGUCAUGCCGCCCCCAUUCAUGGAAGAAGAAUUACCAGGAGAAGAGCAAGAUGAAGCCGAGGCUAACUUGAGGAAGGAAAUGGAGACAAUGAACUUAUUAAGUGAGGAGGAAGAAGAAAAAUCUGAGGAUAACCCACAGGGCAAGUCAGUAGUGUCAUGGCUAAUGCAGCGUUGUGUUGACUCUCUGCUGACACCAGACCAUGAUGCUGUGCGCGGCAUUUACAUCCAGGUGCAGCUGCAGUCACUAAAGGUGUUAAGUGCCUUAGUGAGUGAACAUCUGAGCAUCAUUCAUGAGAGCCUGCCCCUCAUUCAGCACGUGAUUAGUGUUUGUAGUGAUGCUGUACGUGAGCUACCUCAUUCCAGGAGUACACAACUACUGCCAGAGUCUCUGAAGACGUCUGAGACUGGAGAUGGUCUGGACCCAGCAUUAAUGUCUCCGGAUCCAGGUGUGGUGGUGGAGCAUGCGUAUACUCUCCUGGGAUCACUGUUGGGGUCAGUGAAGGUUGACUUGGACAAGGGAACUGAUUCUUAUGUCACAGUGAAUCAGGUCCAGCAGCUGUGGCUCUGGGCACUUCAGGGCCCCCUGCAAGUAUUGUUGCAACAGUCUACAGCAGAACAAUCAGGCCAGAGUGUUGAGAAUUCGGCAACAGCAGGAGGCCCUCGAAAGCAAGAGGCAGCAAACUGGAGAAAGAGAGAGAGUGCUGGAGCCCUGGAUUACGAGGACCACUUGAAGCAGAUGGUUGCUGUUGCUACUGUUCUCACGCACUUGAGUCCUUCUAUCUUUGAGUCUCUCGGCGAAGAGUGGAUGAGCCGCAUCAUAGCAACAGUCAAGUGGCUGGUAACCCAUCAUGACCCUGACCAUCGUUUGGCUGGAGUGCGUAUCAUGGCCAUUAUUGUUAGUUUUCCUGGAGUGGUUGGAAAUCCUAGUGGGGUGUCUCUCCUGCUUGUGACAGUUGAGACCACGUGUGAUCUGCUGGCUCAGAGAGAGAACAAUGUGAAUAGAGAUCGUCUACUUGCGUCAUGGGCACUGGCAAAUAUAUCAUCUGUAUUUGAACUUUAUAUUGAUAGUUGGAAGCGCCAGCAACAUGGUCCUGACAAUGAACUUCUUUCACCAACACUCAUUGCUCGUCUGCUGGAGGUGGGAAUACGUGCAUGUAAGGACAAAGACAAGAUUAAGCCUCAUGGAGUGCGUUGUGUGGGAAAUGUGACAAGUUUCCUUCGUGCAGAACAAGUAGCUGAUCCAACUUUAGCUCCGCUCGUCUCAAAGGCUAUAGAGACAUUGGUGUUCUGCUCCAGCACCGGAAGUAAUAUGAAGACUCGGUGGAAUGCCUGUCAUGCACUUGGAAAUAUACUCAGCAGUGGCCGGUUACCUAUUGCCAGUAUGCCUUGGAAGAGUCAAGUUCUCACUACUCUUGGCAGCUUAGUGGAGAGCUUCAAGAAUUAUAAGGUGCGAAUUCAGGCUUGUAGUGCCAUAUGUGGCCUCGGGUCACGAGAGGAGUUUGGACCUGAUUAUUAUGGAAUAUGGCGCGUGCUGCUGCAUGGACUUGAUAAUGCCCAGAAUAUUAUUGACUAUCAAGAGAUACGACACAGAGAUGAACUCAUUAAUCAGAUCUGUCAAGGCAUCUGCCAGCUGUCAACUCACCUCACAUUGGAAGAUGCAGGAUUAUUGUGUGAACUAUUACAGCUACACCAAGACAUGGCAACACCCUUACUUAGAAAGGCUUACCAUUCCCUUCCUCCUGAGAGAACUGGACAUGCUCUGAAAGCUCACUCAAAGGUGGAAGAACUUCUGAGUUACGAUGCCCUUACCGAGUCCCAGCAGCAGGCUCUGAUUGUGCUGCACACUUUGACUGCUUACCCCACAACCUUGAACUUUACCUCAAGCUAAAUAAAGAGUUAAAUGAAAGGACAAAGAAGUACAUUUUUCUGAAAAAAACCGGACUCUUGCAAAACAUGUAAAAUACGAAAAUAAAAUAAACACUAUUAUUAGAUACUCAUUGUGAUGAAAAUAAUUUUGUUUGCCUUCAAGGGCAAAUACGUUAGCACUGGGAUGCCAGUGUGUUUGCCUUUGAUGUUGUGGAUUGAGGUGACAUGUAUCAAUUGUGCCAAAUGCAGGUACUUCUUAAUUUAUCCCUGAUUUGCUUGUGCUUUUCUUAUGCUCGUGACUUAUUACUUUCAGUAUUGUGCAGCGUUGAGUAUGUGCGACGCCUCUCGAAGUGGCCCACUGGGAAACUAGACCUCUUAGCACUGACAGUAAUUAUGCACAUCCAGACAAUGGUGCUUUAGUAUUAAUAUAUAGUAUAUAUAAUACAAAUUGGGACAAUGUUUUGGACGAUCACAUGUGAUAAGAAUUUUUUUUUUUUUUUUUUUUUUGAGAUAUAUACAAGAGUUGUUACAUUCUUGUACAGCCACUAGUAUGCGUAGCGUUUCGGGCAAGUCCUUAAUCCUACGGUCCCUG